AUGAGCAUAUUUCCACUAUUGAAGCUCCCCGAAUCUUCAGUGGACACUAUUGUCAAGCAAAUGGAGUUUCACGAAAUAAAAGCACGGAAUAAUGGUAACGGGACAUAUACGGUGGGACAGCUACACUUUGACUACCUAUCACUAUGUCUCCGAUUCAAGGCAAUUGAACCAGAAAGUCUCCCAGAUGAUAUUUACAAACACCUCGAAGAUGUUGAGAAGAUUCAGAAGUUGAGCAGAGUGAAGGUAGACAUUGAGAAUUUGGGAUUCGAGUAUCAGAAGAUGUUGGAAAACGAAAAAUGUGAUAUUGAGAAGGAACGAAUUCAAAGAGAGUUGGAGAUAGUGGAGAGAACGAAGCAUGGUAUCAAUGGACAGUUGGGAUUGGUUCAGCACCAAUGGAAACCAUUUUUAUUGAGUUUUCUCAUGGGGGCCUUACGAGUGCUCUAUCCUAUUGGAAUGAAUGUUGAAGUCAAUCUCUCAUUUGAUGAAUCUGAUUGA